AUGAAAAAGUUAUGCAUCAUCGAUGGUGAGUCGCCUGAAGUAGCAGCAAGGGCCUUUCCCAAGCUACAGAACCGUACAGGAGAACCUUAUGAUAGGACCGUACGGUUUGCUCGACAUCUUCAGCGCAGCACGAUACCUACCGUUCCUCCUGCCGACCUAAGCGAGAAACGAGAAAGCAUAUUGGUGAGCACCAUUGGCAACGGCCUGGCAGGAGCGUUUAAGGAGAGUUUGCGGGGUGCGCAACGUGUGGCGGUGGUUUUGGAGCCGGGGCCCCUUGGGAGCCAUUUGGGUCGCUGGGAGGCGGUCCGAAUGGCUGCGGCGGAAAAGGAGGUGCAGGAGGCGGUUGAGCGAUUCUUUCGCCCCCGGUCAACAGAAAAAAAUGACAGCGAGGAUCCCUCGCCAUCGUAA